CAGUGUUGAGAGUUACCCUUUGUACUUGACAUUGUUUGAUCAUUGCAUGCCAACCUCAAAGUCCAGCUGAAGGAUUUGGUUACAAACAAAUAAAACAAACAGAAUACACACAGUUGCAAGUCAGAUACAGAGAGAGCAGGAUGUGGGUUCUUUUAGUCAUUUCAACAACCUUUCUCCUAAAUGCUCCAGUUUUGGGUGGAGUGAAGGACCUAAAUUCACACUUCAGCUUCUAUGAGAAAAACAAUGCAAUGGCUAUUAAUGCACAGACACUUCCCCAGGGUCAUGACAACCUACAGAUGGAGUCUCCAGACUUUCAUCAAGACAACACAGUCACCAAAGACUUGCCACUGGAAGGCUUGGAAGAGGAGGAUUACAUUGAUUUUGAUAAGAUACUGGCAGAAGGAGACGAUGACUACAGUGACGGUGAUGCAAUAGAUGAAAUCACCACACCUGAACCAGAUUUUGACUUUGUCUCAGAGCUCUUUGAUCCUAAAGUGCACAGAGCAUGUCUCUUGAGACUUUUUCAUGGUCGAACACGGCUGCAGCGCAUUAAUGUGGUCAAUGCCUUUUUUGGAUUUCGCCUUUACCGAAGCCUUCGCAAACAAGUAAAUCAAACGGAUAAUGUUUUGCUGGCACCUGCUGGAAUUUCCAUUACCAUGGGAAUGAUUGCUCUUGCAGUUGGUUCUACCACACACAAGCAGCUCUACCAAGCUUUAGGCUUUGCUGAAUUUGUCAAUGCCAGCAUUCACUAUAAUGAUUCCACUGUGCACAAACUUUUCUGCAAACUUACACACCGACUCUUCAGGCGUAACUUUGGUUACACUUUGCGAUCUGUCAAUGACUUUUAUGUCAAACAUACUGCAGUCAUUACAGAGGGCUUCCGUAGUCAGGCAAAGACAUAUUAUUUUGCUGAGCCUCAAUCUGUGGAUUUCAGAGACCCAGCGUUCCUUUUGAAAGCGAACCAGCGUAUUCAGAAGUUGGUAAAAGGGCUAAUCAAAGAACCACUUAAAAGUGUUGACCCCAACAUGGUAGUAAUGAUUCUAAACUACCUGUACUUUAAAGGAACAUGGGAGCAGAAGUUUCCAAAGGAGCUAACCCAUUACCGUAACUUCCGUGUGAGUGAGAAGCACCAGGUUCGUGUGCCAAUGAUGCAAAAUAAGGGUACCUACCUGGCUGCAGCUGAUCAUGACCUGAACUGUGAUGUCCUACAGUUGCCCUACAAAGGCAACAUAAGCAUGCUCAUUGCUGUGCCACAGAAACUUUCUGGUAUGAAAAUACUUGAACAAGAGGUUUCACCUAUUGUCAUUAACAAGUGGCUCAACAAUAUGACCAACAGAACACGUGAGGUGGUGCUCCCACAAUUUAAGCUGGAGCAGAGCUAUGAUCUAGUCAACCACUUGAAGCAGUUGGGUCUAACUGACCUCUUCACAGAAAAGGGCGACUUCUCUCCUCUGGCUUCUGAGAAGGUCUCUGUCAACUGGUUUAAGCACCAAAGUGCCAUCACAGUAAAUGAGGAAGGUACUGAAGGAGGAGCAAUGACACAUGUGGGUUUCAUGCCACUGUCAACACAGACACGCUUUAUUGUGGACCGGCCCUUUCUUUUUUUUAUCUACGAACAUCACACUGACUGCCUCAUCUUCAUGGGACGGAUUGCAGACCCAUCAAAGAGUUAAUUUUCUAUACACAUACAGCCAAGCUUUAAAUGUACUACAAACUGUAAUAAGUGCACUGCAAUGGAGAUCACUAAUUUAGAGUCUAAUUCAGCAACGUUAUUGCCAGACUCAGUAGUACUCAGCAACAUUUCAGUAAAUAAUAAAUGAUGCGAUUAAUAUUCAUUUCCAAUUUAUAAAUAAGUAUGAAACACAUACAAAUGUAGCAUUAAAACAUUUUAAGCAUU